GCUACUGACAGAGGACAUUUUAAAAAUGUCAUGAUUUGAUUGACAAUUCAAAAUUUGUUGUGCGGGUUUUCGACAGGGAAAUUUGUUUUAAUUUUUAAAGGAAUUGAUUAAUUUUAAUAUUGUGUUCAACGGACAGAAAGAAACAAACAAAAAAUGCGUAAUGCAUGCAAGAAAAAAGUUUUGUAUUGUGGAAUUAUUAUCAUAGUGUUGAUUAUUUUUCUGCACCCCGAUAUGAAUGCUCGGAGGUCUUACGAAUAUAUUGAAAAAGAACUCAUACCGGAUACUUUGUACGAGGAAACUGCUGUUAAUUUCACAAGCAGUGCCAUCCUCGAGUGUGACUAUCACGAUGUGCUGUUUGACGACACAACCCUGUCUGAUAGUCUCGUUGACGGAGACUUGAUCGAAGGCCAUAGAAUAAGAGAAGGCGGUGAAUUUUCUCCCUCUGAUUGCAAACCUAAAUUUAGUACGGCUGUUAUAGUGCCCUAUAGAGACAGAGCAGAGCAACUGCGCGGUUUCUUAGUCUACAUGCAUAUGUUCCUACGUCGCCAGAGCAUACAUUAUCGUAUCUUUGUUGUUGAGCAAGUGGACACCCGACCGUUUAACAGGGCAAAGCUCUUGAACAUUGGUGCACUAGCAGCAAUGCGUGCUGGUUACCCUUGUCUGGUAUUGCAUGACGUUGACCUGUUACCAUUGAGGCCAGCUAACUUGUAUGCAUGCACUAAAUGCCCAAGGCAUAUGUCUUCAAGCAUCAAUAAGUUCAGGUUUGUGUUACCAUAUUUAAAUCUAUUUGGUGGUGCUAUAGCAAUCACAUCACACCAGUAUAAAACAAUCAACGGAAUGAGCAAUGAGUAUUUUGGUUGGGGAGGAGAGGAUGAUGACCUCUAUGCUCGGAUGGAGAGUGAGGAAUUAAAGAUGUGUCGGUUUGAACCUGAAAACAGUAGAUACCAUAUGAUGAGCCACAAAAGUCAACAUACUGGAGAUAGGAGAAAGCAGGUAGUGAAGUAUGAGAAAAAUGGAAUCUCUGAUGAUGGCCUAAAAAAUCUGAAGUAUACAGAAGUUGCAACAGUUCUUCAUCCACUUUUUACUCAUAUCAUGGUAGACUUGUAGCAUAUCUUGUUCCUGGAAAGUUUUAUCUACACUCAUCAUAUCACAAAAUCAAACUUUGCUUAAGCUAAUUUAAAGUAACUUAUUAGUAAUUUUCACUCCUAAAAGUAGACUUAUCAUUAGGUAUAAUUAGGCGCUAGAAAUCAGGGAUUGACUCUUGCUGUAAGUUAAUUUUUAAGAUUACAGUCAAAUAACGGCCUAUAUGGUUAUAUUCCUCAGUAAGUAGGUUUUAGGGUAUAGUUAAUUCUGGGAUAUUAUUUCGGAAUAUUAGGACGUGAAAUACCAAAAGUCGCUGACAUAGCCCGACGGAUUAGCAAGCUGAAGUGGCAAUGGGCAGGGCACAUAGUACGCAGAACUGACGGCCGAUGGGGCAGAAAGGUUCUGGAAUGGAGGCCGCGUACCGGAAAACACAGCGUGGGACGUCCACCUACAAGGUGGACCGACGACAUCGUAAAGGUAGCAGGGAAGCGCAGGACGCAGGCCGCUACCAAUCGAUCAACAUGGAAAGCAUUAGGGGAGGCCUAUGUUCAGCAGUGGACGUCCUAUGGCUGAAAUGAUGAUGAUGAAAUACCAGAAUAAAAAAAAUAUCAGUUCAAUUUCUACUCUUAAGUUUUCUCUAAAUUAAUUUAUUUCUUUAUUUUUCCAGGGUUCCCUGGUACCCUAAAGUUAAAACAACUUUUAAGGGUUGUACUAUACUUGUUUUUUUAGGCUAUUAUGAUUUCUAUGACCAAUUAAUAAUAUCUAGAAUAAUUAGAUAGAGCUAAUUUAACUCGCCAAGUACUUGUGACGGGAUUUUAACAACCGUUUUACGUCCAAUUAGCAUCUAGUAAUGUAGUCGUAGCACCAAAAAAAUCACACGUGCAGUUCUCUACCUACAUAGUAGUUUUCUUACCUAUUCGCUACAGUAGCAAGUACAUCCCAGUCGUUCUACUGCAGUGUAGCGUAUAAUCUGCAGUCUAAUUUAAUAUUCUGAAUUUUAAAUAAUUGUAUCAUUAUUUUUAAACUUCAAUAAAUCUUAUUAAAAUUAGCACUCGAAAAAGUAUUUAAGAGGACCACUUAGAUAAUAUUUUUGUCUUAACUAUCAGCUAAUAAUCAUAAUCAUACAUUUCUCAUUAGCCUCUCAACACGCACUGCGUCAGUUAAUGCAUUCUAAGUAAAAAAAAGGAAUCGUAGUCACAAAUCUCGGCACAACUAUAAAUAAUAGGCAGUCAAAUAACGAGGUAAAGUUAAUUACAGGUAUAACCCGAUCGAGCUAAUGAGGGCUAUCGUUUUAGCGCUCACCAGUUAGCGCCACUGUAGAGUAAGGUCCUGUCACUUGCUAGUAGCGAAGACAGUGGCACCAACUGGUGAGCGCGAAAGUGGUAGGAGGACUAUCGCAUUUGCACUCAUCAAGAUGGCGCCACUGUAGAGUAAGGUCCUGUCAAUCGCCAGGGGUGCCAACUGUUAAGUAUAAAAACGAUAGCCCUCAUUGCGGACCUCGCUGGAAUGCGACUCUCCCUCCCACUCGCGUGCACGAGCGUCGAUGUGACGUCACGGCCGCCAGGUGCGCAGCUAACUCGACCGGGUUUCAGGCGGUAGUGGAGCGUGUGACAUAAAAUCGUUUUGACACAGAAACCCUCCCGCUAUCGCAAUAUGAUUACUAGCUUUCCGCCCGCGGCUUCGCCCGCGUGGAAUUUUGUCUGUCACAGAAAAACUUUAUCGCGCGCGUCCCUGUUUCAAAAACCGGGAUAAAAACUAUCCUAUGUUCUUUCCCGGGACUCAAACUAUCUCUAUGCCAAAUUUCAUCAAAAUCGGUUGCGAGGUUUAAGCGGGAAAGCGUAACAGACAGACAGACAGACAGAGUUACUUUCGCAUUUAUAAUAUUAGUUGGGAUUUGGUUAUGAUGCGCUAUACCUGUUCUAACAGAGAACUAAAUUCUAGUACUGAUUUAGUAAUUUCCUGCGAAUGAAUAUGAAAGCUAUCGAAAAUGUAUGUAUUGUUCACAGGAUUUAUUUGAUUAAUUUAUUGUAAAAAUAGAUAAGAAAGUGUGUAUCCAAUCAACCCCGUUGUUAGUUUUUAAAUAAGUACUCUGCUGUACAUAUCAUUGUACUUUAAUUAAUUGUAUAAACGACGUAUUGUGAUACUAAAGUCUAUUAUACCUAUGUACUAACUAUUUAAUUGUUAAGUGGCUGUUAAUUGCAGACAAUAAAAUAUGGAAUUAAAGAAAUCAGAAAUGUAAUCGAAAUUCUACUUGCUCAAUGUUUAUACGCAGGGAAUUGUAUUGUGAUCUUAAACUCGGCUGUCGUUUUUUUGUUAUAAUUACGAAAAUAAAUGAUUAAGAGCAUA